AUGCUGUUCAGGAAGUCCAAGGAGUCUCAAUCGAGGCCGGAGAGCUCUAUUACAGAGGGGGCCGACUCUGUGGGGGCGCAAUCGCAGGCUGCGAUCGCCACGGAUGAACAUUAUGUGGAUACGCAUAUUCCACUAUUGACAUGGCGAUCUUUUCUGAUGGGUGUCUUUGUGUCGAUGGGUGGCUUCCUGUUCGGCUAUGAUACCGGUCAGAUUUCGGGUUUUCUGGAAAUGAAGAAUUUCUUGCAGCGAUAUGGCGAGCAGAAGGCUGACGGGACCUAUUAUUUCUCCAACGUGCGGGCUGGCUUGAUUGUCGCUUUGCUCUCCAUCGGAACGUUGAUGGGUGCAUUAAUUGCGGCUCCCAUCGCCGAUCGUCUCGGGCGGAAAUGGUCCGUCACGAUCUGGGCGCUGAUGGUCUGCGUCGGCAUCACUGUUCAGAUUUCUUCCCCCUCCGGCCACUGGUGGCAGGUUGCGUGCGGUCGAUGGGUGGCAGGUCUGGGUGUCGGAGCCCUCUCGCUGCUGGUGCCCAUGUACCAAGCCGAAACAGGCCCGCGGCAUAUUCGUGGUGCUCUGGUCAGUACCUACCAGUUGUUCAUCACGCUCGGCAUCUUCGUCGCCAACUGUAUCAACUUCGGCACCGAGAGCCGCACUGACACUGGUUCCUGGCGUAUCCCGAUGGGUAUCACCUACCUUUGGGCCUUGAUUCUCGGUAUCGGCAUCUCCAUGUUCCCCGAAACCCCUCGCUUUGAUUUUCGUCAUGGCAAAGUCGAUCGCUCCUUGAGCACCUUGUCCAAGAUGUAUGGCAUUCCGAAACAUCAUCGCGCGCUGAGGCAGGAAUUGGAAGAAAUUAGGCAAAAGCAUGAAGAGGAAAUGGCCCGGGGCAAAAUGUCCUGGAUCCAGCUCUUCCGCGCCCCUCGAAUGACAUAUCGAAUCGGCGUGGGAGUUGCUCUGCAGGCGCUUCAGCAAUUGACCGGCGCCAACUACUUCUUCUACUAUGGCACAACCGUCUUCAAAGGCGCUGGAAUCCAAAACAGCUAUGUGACGCAGAUGAUUCUGGGUGGGGUGAACUUCGGGACGACUUUCUUGGGUCUAUAUCUGAUCGAGAACUUCGGCCGCCGCAAGUCUCUGAUCGCUGGCGCCCUGUGGAUGUUCGUGUGCUUCAUGGUCUUCGCCUCCGUGGGCCACUUUUCGCUCGAUCGCGAGGUACCUGAACGCACGCACUCCGCCGGUGUAGUCAUGGUGGUAUUCGCAUGCCUUUUCAUUCUCGGGUUCGCGUCAACAUGGGGUCCGAUGGUGUGGACGAUCAUCGCUGAGCUGUAUCCCUCCGAGUUCCGUGCCCGUGCCAUGUCCCUGGCGACCGCGUCGAAUUGGCUUUGGAAUUUCCUGCUGGCCUUCUUCACCCCGUUCAUCACCAGUGCGAUCGAUUUCCGAUACGGUUAUGUGUUUGCCGGGUGUCUGUUCCUCGCCGCCACGUUGGUGUACUUUACCGUCAUCGAGGGCAAGGGCCGGACCCUCGAGGAGAUCGAUACCAUGUACGUGAUGAAGGUGCCGCCAUGGAAGAGCUCCAAGUUUGUCUUUGAGGAGCUGCAGCCCCAUGCUCGGGAGAAGUUGGCGCGCGGUGGAACUCAUGGCCACGUGGAGACUGCUGGCCAAGAGACCAUCGAGGAAACAGUUUGA